AUGCAACUCAUCUAACGAAUUCCCGAUCGAUCGUCCGUUGGUCUGUGUCUGAGUCUGUCUGUCUGAGUGUCUGUCUGUCUGUCUGUCUCUAGAUCUGUCGCUCCACUGCAUCCCAUCCGACGGCGCCGAUUUGGACGAUAUCGACCAAACAGCGACGUCGCCGACAGUGGAGCGACAGAGAAAACAAACACGAGCAUUGAUUGCAGUGCACUUGACCGAGCAGCACAACCACUCGCUAUUCAAUCGACCCAUUGGGCAAAGAGCCCUGCCAGUCAGACGCAGGGCAGCACAGGACAGUGAAAGAAAGGGCAUGCAGGCAUGCAAAGCAAGGCAGGCAGGGCACAUGACCCCAGUCAUUCAAAAGAUGAUCGAUGGGUGGCACCGUCUGUCUCUCUGUCUGUCUGUCUGUCUGUCAGGCAGGCAGGCAGGCAGGCAAGGGAGGUGAUAGACAGGCAGGCAGACAGCCAGGCAGGCAGGCAAGGGAGGUGAUAGACAGGCAGGCAGACAGCCAGUGAAUUACAAACACACCCGCCCUGGCGUGCCCUGCCCUGCCAGGCGCGCGAUAGGUGUGUGUACUUGCACGCCUUGUGCAAGACAGACUACCCCACGCACCAUGAUACAUACACCCACAGACGCACUGAUGCAUCCAUGCCAUACAGACGGGGCAAGGCAAGGUAAGGUAAGCCAGGCAGGCAGGCAGGGGCAGGCAGGCAGUCUGGACAGACAAGUCGUCAGGAAGCGCUAGCAGUCGUCAUAUCCAUUAAAUACCCCCUCGACCGACCGACCGACCAGAGAAGGUGCCAUGCCAUCAGACAGGUAGACAGGCCAUGAAGGAUAUGCAAGGGAGGGGGGAGAAAGACACAAGGGACGGGAGUCAUAGAUACAUUACAUUCAUCAGCGAUUUAAACAUCCCCCGACCAGCCCACCGACCCACCGACCGACUCAAAAUCAUAUCCCCACAGACACGACAGCUGGCAAGGGGGAACCUCUUUCACACACCACACCACACCACACCACACCCACCACUCUGCGCACCCUACAGACCAACCAACCGACCGACCAAUCGACCAACCUGUACAGACAAAACGGGCUCCCUGUGUGGAUCAAAACUGGGCUGUACACCCAAGCCUGAAUAAAGCAAGGACACACGGAUCGCUAUGCCAUCGCCUCUCGUCUUGUCGCCCGCUAUGCGCUAUGCACAGACAGCUUAAAUACAUACACACAUAGACGAGACGAGCGAUCGAUCAGCCGGCAUGAAUUCCCACCCUCGCUCUCCUACGCUUGGCACCCGCCAGCAGCACUCGGGCGGGGUUCCUCAGGCGUCUCACCGACGCUGCUGCCGCCUUCUUGACGACAGCCUUGCUCACAGGCGAGGCCACAGACAGCUUGUCGGGCCUCUUGGUGACGGUCUUCCUCUCCCUCUUGGGGUGGUGAAGCUGGUUCGGCGUGGCCUCCAUGGUCCUCAUGGUGGGGCCGCUGGUGCUGCUGCUGCUGAAUUCCUCGUCAAGGAUCUGUGCAACCACGAUGCACGACUAGGUCUGCGUAUCCGUGUGUGUGUGUGUGUGUGUGCAACGAACCCUGGCUAUGAAUCUUCUGAGUGCGUCGUAUCUGACGUCGUGUCGGUGGGCCACCUUGCAGAUGUUCAUGUGGUUGGCAGCUGCCACCACCCUCAACUCACCGUACUGAGGGUACGCACUCGCGAGCGGCACCACCUGACCGAUCAACCAAAAUCGUUCCAUCGGAAGCGACCAAUGUACUCCGAUGUCUCUGUGCCUCCCUGUCUGUGUGUCUGAGGGCCUACCAGGUCCUUUUGGUUGAAAGGCAGCUCCACUGGGAUGCUCUCCGCCAUCGACAACACACGGAUGUCUGCAACAGACACAGAAGCGAUGGCAUUUGCAGUCAGUCGGCGCUGGCGGUCAAACGGUCAGCUGACUUUCGUUUUGCGAGAUGUGUUUGAAGUUCUCGUUGAGUCGGUGUAGCUCGUCUGACGGCCGGAGGUUGUGCGUGAUGCCCGAGAACAUCGGGCGGAAGAGCCGGGGGACACGGGCGAGGGGGGCGCCGAGAUGCGGGACGCCGUAGAAGGCCACGCCUCUCGUCGCGCGGCGCAAGUCCUGCAUCAACCACGGACACCAUCAGACAGACAGACAGACAGGCUUGUGUCCGCAUACACCCACUUUCAGAUGUGGUGGUGGUUGUUUGUUGUCUGACCUUGUCCGCCUCCAGCAGCAGUUUAGUGAGCAGCCCUCCAAGUGAAUGGCACACGAAUAUCACCGGACGACCUGGCACACCGACACCCUGCACACACACAUCAUACACAUACACAGACACAUUUGAACGCAUCAAUGCAUUCUUUAAUCCACCCAUCCAUCCAUCAACCUACUCACCGCUUCCCUGAGGUUGUGCAGCAGUGUGGCCGCCAGAUGCUUCAAGUGAGAUGCUCUCGUCAUCCGCCCCUGCCCUCGGCCGUUGUCGCCCUCUCCUCUCCUCGUGGCUGGCGAUGACGGCGUAUCAACAUGAGAGGGUGACGCUGCUAUGUCAUCCAUCUGGCCGCCCUUGAGCCGCCGCCCUCUGUUGUUCUUUGCAGCUAGAGCAGACCCGCCUUCCAGAGAAUGCCCUGCGAGUGCCCUGGGCGGCUCUGAGUGGGCACCAGCCGUCUUGACACGAUGUGGCCGGGUUGGGGAGUCACUCCUGUGGUCGUUGUGUUGGUGUGGGUGUCGGUUGGCCUGGCUGCUGGUGCUGGGGGAGUGUCGUGGAGUGCGCUGCCGGAACAGAGGGGCCUGCAAGGAACGGCACCGGACACAGGAGGUGUGUUGGCUCAUGCAUGUCAUGUGGGCGUGUGUCUGCUUGGCUGGGUCCCUUACUGGGUAGUUGACAACGAAGAUGCGAGAUUGCGGAAAGUCGACAGGGAGGAGUUCCCGCGGCCAGUGCUCAUCUUGGUUGGACGCCAUGUCCUCCAUCUCCGUCUGCUGCUGCUCCUCCUGCUGCAGCUGCCGCUCGAUGUGCUGCAAACCCUCCACCAACGCCUCGGUCGUCGCGCCGUCGACACCCUUGCCCGCCUCGCUCAACAGACGACCCCAAAAACGACUGAUCAAACAACCAAUCGACCCAUAGGCAGGCACAAUUCAUGACAAGUGAGAAAAUCGUGGCUGGGCUACUCUCUUUCGCUCACCCAAGGUUGACCGGUGACAUGGCCAGCUGCUUGGCGAAGUGCCGGACGCGCAGUGCGAAGCCCCCAUCGCUCUCGCUCGCCCUCAGGUCAUCCGCUUCAUCCGCCUCCCUGAUCGACGACAGCUCUCGGUCAAGGUCCGCCAGCCACUCAGACACACUCUCGCUCCCAUUCACACCCACACCCACAUCCACAUCCACAUCCGCAGCGGGCGACCCGUCACAUGUGGCCACCGGUGCCUCUGCUGCAGCGUUGUUGGACCUGCUGCUGUAGAGGGCCGUGAUGACUCGCCGGCCCCGGGAUGGUGCCGGGCGGCGCAGCGGCUCCGCAACGAUGCGGGAAGGAAUGGCGUGAGGCAGGCGUCCGCGUGAGCCAGCAGACGGGUGAGCUCUGACAGCAGCAGCUACGGGACGAUUGGAUGUCUUGUCAACAUUUGGUCCACUGCUCUGCUGCUCUGCAUUGUCCUCCUCUCCCUUGAGCCGCCGCCAUGUCUUGAAUGCAGAUCCGCGGAGUCCGUGUACGAGCACGAUGUCGAUGGGGACGCAAGAGGGAUGUGAUGGCUCACCCGCACCCUGCACACAGACAGAGGGACAGACAGAAGAAUGGCUGACAGGGCUCACAUGUUUGGCGGGUGGACAUGGACAUGGACACGCACCUUGCUGGGGGGCUCUGACGCGUCGUGUGCAGGAGGCACAAACAUCGCAUACACACCUGUAUCGCAGGCAUUCAAUGCACACACACACACACACACGCACCAACGUCAGUCACCUUCUUUGCUGCCUGCGGGCGGUCCAUCUCCUCCCCCAGUUACUCCUCACCGUCAGCCACCCGAGGCCAAGGUGAUAUCUCUCCGCCUCUCCGUUUCAUGGCGGCCCCGCCGCCCACCUCCAUCUGCAUCACAUCGGUGCCUCCCUCAGCCUUCACCGGCGCUAUGUCACCCAUCCUCAGCCACCGACACACUGACAGCCGAUACCGCGACGCUCCAACAGGCAGCGCCCGAGGGGCCACAAAGGAUAGCCUGUUGGCCCAUGGCAGCCGUGGCAGCCGGGGCCCCACCAUCCUCCAUGGCCGUGUGAUGGGCACGCCCCGCCUCCGUGCGCUGGCCGCCCACGCAGCGCCCGCCAGGCCGUGAGCUGCACCCACAAGGCACAGACCCACGCUCCAUCGCACCCACCGUCGGCCGCCCUUCUGCGCGCUGUCUUCAUCCCGCUGCUGACGGGCUGGCUGUGUGAGCCAAGUGGAGGGGCGAGUGAAAGCGGACGCCCGAUAUCUCUGCGGGAAGCUGUCGUCGAGGGCUGCAAGGCUGAGGUGGAUCUGAAGGCAGAUGGCCAACAAGAAUAGCGCCCGCCGUAACCGCUGCCCCGUCAUGAGGCUCUCGGGGUAAACCUGCGUUUUUCGGACACAACGAUCCGCG